UCACAUGAUCGCGAUCGCAGGAGCCGGAAGUGGAGGCGAAGCCGUCGCCGUCCCAUGGUGAUGACAUGGCAUCUGCUAGCUCCAGCAGGGCCACGGCAGGGCUGGCCUGUGAGAAGUCCCAGCUCACUGUGAAAGUUGUGUCAGUGAAACCCAAGGUGCACAGCCGCCAGUCUCGGAUCAACUCCUACGUGGAGGUGACGGUGGAUGGACUUCCCAGUGAGACCAAGAAGACAGGGAAGCGGAUUGGGAGCUCUGAGCUGCUCUGGAACGAGAUCCUUAUCAUGAACGUCACAGCUCAAAGCCACCUGGAUCUGAAGGUCUGGAGCUGCCACACCCUGAGGAACGAGCUGCUGGGAACGGCUUCCAUCAGCCUGUGUAAUGUCCUGAAGAAGAAUGGUGGGAAAAUGGAGAACACGCAGCUGACCCUGAACCUGCAGAUGGAGAACAAAGGCAGCGUUGUUUCAGGCGGAGAGCUGACGAUUUUCCUGGACGGGCCGACUGUUGAUCUGGGAAGCCUGCCUAAUGGCAGUGCCGUGACAGAGGGGUCCCAGCUGCCUGGGAGGGAUCCCAGCUGUAUGGCUCCGGCUACAGAGAGCAGACACCAGCCCCCCAGCACAAACUGCUUUGGAGGUAGAUCCAGGGGACACAGACAUUCAGCUGGAGCGGCCAGACAGAACGCAGGGAAUGGAGACCAAAGUCCCAGCACCAGGGUUCGCCACCGCCAGCAAGUCAAGAGUCCGAGCACAGCAAAUGGCACAGUGAAUGGGGACUCUGCUGGUGCCACCGACGCUGAAGAGGAAAGGUCUGUGGUGGGAGUGACCUCACCACCUGCAACAGUGUCGAGCGAGACCCCCGGGUCCACCGCUGCCACCCUUCCUGCUUCAUCCGUCCCUGGGGAGCCAGAGGAGCCGGCCCCUGCCUCAGGCACCCAGUCACCUCCGGCUGCAGCACAGGCCUUGGAAGCUCUACCACCCGGCUGGGAACAGCGAGAGCUACCGAACGGGAGGGUCUAUUACGUGGACCAUAACACCAAGACCACCACCUGGGAGAGACCUCUGCCUCCAGGCUGGGAGAAGCGAGUGGACCCCCGGGGCAGGUAUUACUAUGUGGAUCACAACACCAGGACCACCACUUGGCAGCGUCCCACAGCGGAGUAUGUGAGGAACUACGAGCAGUGGCAGACGCAGCGAAACCAGCUCCAAGGGGCCAUGCAGCAGUUCAGCCAAAGAUUCCUGUACCAGUCGUCCGGCACCCCGUCUGACAAUGAUCCUCUGGGCCCCCUUCCUCCCGGCUGGGAAAAGAGACAGGACAACGGGCGAGUGUAUUACGUGAACCACAACACGCGGACCACCCAGUGGGAGGAUCCUCGCACGCAGGGGAUGAUCCAGGAGCCGGCGCUGCCGCCUGGCUGGGAGAUGAAAUACACCAGCGAGGGGGUGCGCUACUUUGUGGAUCACAACACUCGCACCACCACCUUCAAAGACCCCCGCCCCGGCUUUGAGUCUGGGAAUAAGCAGGGGGGUUCCCCUGGGGCUUACGACCGAAGCUUUCGUUGGAAAUAUCACCAGUUCCGCUUCCUGUGUCACUCGAACGCGCUGCCCAGCCACGUGAAGAUCAGCGUUUCCCGGCAGACGCUCUUCGAGGACUCCUUUCAGCAGAUUAUGAACAUGAAGCCGUAUGAUCUGCGGCGCAGGCUGUACAUCAUCAUGCGCGGCGAGGAGGGGCUGGACUAUGGCGGCAUUGCGAGGGAAUGGUUCUUCCUCUUGUCCCACGAGGUGCUCAACCCCAUGUACUGCCUGUUCGAAUACGCCGGGAAGAACAACUACUGCCUGCAGAUCAACCCCGCCUCCUCCAUCAACCCCGACCACCUCACCUACUUCCGCUUCAUCGGCCGCUUCAUCGCCAUGGCGCUGUAUCAUGGAAAAUUCAUUGACACUGGCUUCACGCUCCCCUUCUACAAACGCAUGCUUAACAAGAGACCCACGCUGAAGGACCUGGAAUCCAUCGACCCUGAGUUCUACAACUCCAUCGUCUGGAUCAAGGAGAACAGCCUGGAGGAGUGUGGCCUGGAGCUGUACUUCAUCCAGGACAUGGAGAUUCUGGGCAAGGUGACAACACACGAGCUGAAGGAAGGAGGGGAGAGUAUCCGGGUGACGGAGGAGAAUAAGGAAGAGUAUAUCAUGCUGCUGACGGACUGGAGGUUCACGCGGGGCGUGGAGGAGCAGACCAAGGCCUUCCUGGAUGGCUUCAAUGAGGUGGCGCCGCUGGAGUGGCUGCGGUACUUCGAUGAGAAGGAGCUAGAGCUGAUGCUCUGCGGCAUGCAGGAGAUGGACAUGAGCGACUGGCAGAAGAACACCAUCUACCGGCACUACACCAAGAACAGCAAGCAGAUCCAGUGGUUCUGGCAGGUGAUUAAGGAGAUGGACAAUGAGAAGAGGAUCCGGCUUUUACAGUUCGUUACAGGGACCUGCCGCCUACCAGUUGGAGGAUUCGCAGAGCUCAUUGGCAGUAAUGGGCCGCAGAAGUUCUGCAUCGAUAAAGUUGGCAAAGAGACGUGGCUGCCCCGGAGUCACACCUGCUUUAACCGCCUGGAUCUUCCUCCCUACAAGAGCUAUGAACAGCUGAAGGAGAAGCUGCUGUAUGCCAUUGAGGAGACAGAAGGCUUUGGCCAGGAGUAAUGGCGCUUGCUCCUUCCCCAGCACCCCUCGGCCGGCCCAGGGCAGAGCAGCGUCUGGAGCAGGCUGCACGCUGGGUGCUCUCGCUCUCAGGGCAGGCAGAGAGCAGUUUGUCUCCCUCCCUCCCUCCCUGGGAGUUUGUCUGUCACUCUUGUUCCUGGGUUAGGCUGGUGCCAAUGCAGCCCAAUGGCAGACGGGCUGCCCCCCACCUCGAAAGCGA